GUCCGACUUGUGCAAGAAAUAAAUCAUGGUGUUACCAUUGGCGAAGGCGUCUCAGUAGUAACGCUUGAUGCUCCUGAUAAUUGUCUUGUUGACGACGUCUUGUCUGGCUGAAUGGGUUCCAGGCUUGAGUCCCUUGCUGUUGGCUUCACUUGAGAUGGUCGGAGUAGGUUCUGUCACAGGCUGUUUGGGUUUGGCUGAUGGGUUAGAGCCGUGUGCAAACAAAGUAACUUCAUCAUCAGACUUGAACAGGUAUGAGUGGUCAUCUUCUUUAAAAGUUUCAGGAGCUUGGACAACUUGCUCAUCUGGAGUUAUUUGAGUGAGAUCAGAGAAGUUAAUAGAAGUUUUGAGCAUGGAGAAAGUGUUUUUGUAGGGAUCUUCA